CUUUCCAUCUUUCCGUUUCUUUCUCAAUAAGGGAUUGCGGCGGAUCAGCGCGGAGUGGCUGGAAAGAACAACUGCAAAAAGUCGAUAUUGACGUAGGCUGGCACUUAGUAGACGGAUUUUCACUGCAACUUUAAGACAAUUUAUUUCACCACUUGACAUAGUAUUCAUGAUUAAAUGAGCCUAGUAAUUCGGAUAACAUGUAGGCUAUGUUGAGGUUGGCGUUUGUUUGUUUUUAGUUUUGGUUUUCGUUAUUUGCCAUUGAAUAUCUCUUAUUUCUUCUGUCAACGUCAUUGCACAGCUGAGUUGCAUUGGUAUGUUCGAUGACGACUGAAAGCUCCCUCACAGCCAUGGGGCCGACGCCCCCCAUGAGCACCAGUCCCGCGUCCAUAGUGCUGCAUGCCGGGCAGAUGAACUCCACAGGUAGUUUGGAGGACCAUGGCGCGGUGUCCAAGAACAAAAAGACCACUUCAGGGUUGCAACGCCCAGAGAAACCACCCUACUCUUACAUAGCGCUUAUUGUGAUGGCAAUUCAGAGCGCACCGACCAAGCGACUUACACUCAGUGAGAUUUACCAGUUCUUACAAACGCGAUUUUCUUUUUUCCGAGGCUCUUAUCAGGGCUGGAAAAACUCUGUUCGGCACAACUUGUCUCUGAACGAGUGUUUCAUUAAACUACCAAAGGGCCUUGGGCGGCCAGGGAAGGGACAUUACUGGACCAUAGACCCCACCAGUGAGUUUAUGUUCGAAGAAGGCUCAUUUCGACGAAGACCGCGAGGAUUCCGGAGAAAAUGUCAGACUAUGAAACCGAUGUACCGAAUGAUGAACGGCCUAGGGUUCGGUUCCGCCAUUUUACAACAGAGCUUUGACUACCAACCUCCCACGGGCGCUAUUGCUUGUCAUGGCAGUGGCUAUAAUAUGGAUCUGUCUAGUAAUGGUUAUGAGUCAAUAAGCACUGGCCACCCCAGCUCCAGACAUGGCUACAUGGCCAGCUGUCCAGUGCCCGGGAACGGAGACUAUGGCGCGGAUAGCAACAACAGUCCAGUUCCGUCUUCUCCAGCAGUAGCUAGCGCGCUUGAGGGCCACUCACCGUAUUCUGAGGGCACGGCACUCUGGGCAUCUUCGUGCUCUCCAUACUUCAAACAGUCGACUACCAACUCGAGCAAUUCAGCGUCCACAGGGCAGCACCACGGCAUUUUCACAUACUCUCUGGAGCAGGGUUAUAUACAGCAAAGCGCGAGGGACAACACAGACAUGUCAGUGGGUAGGCCUAUAUCGCACUAUCCUACACAUUCUUCCCACGUCGGAGAACGAAAGGACUUCGUGUUGAAUUUUAACGGGAUUUCGUCCUUCCACCCGUCAGCUGGUGGGUAUUACCAUCACCACCAUCACCAUCAUCCCCACUACCAAAGCAUGCACCAAGACGUCAAACCUUGCGUGAUGUAGGCCGUAUGGCUGCACAAAGAUAACUGUGAGGUAAAGAAAAUUACGAGAAUUAUUAAUGUAUGUGCAAAAUGCUUGCAGAAGGACUUUCCAAAACCAGCGAAAAAACAGUGACAACAUGAAUAGUCAACAGUGCACCGAGCGUAUGUGAAACAAAACGCGAAUGACUGUCCGUUCUUUAAACUGAUGGUCUGGGUAUUUUGCUGAUUUGUGGUUCAAUUUCAAAAGAGUUUGGAUUAAGCACAUGUAACCAUAUUUCACUUCAUUUCGAUGUGAUGUCGAAUAUAACAAUAAAACAUUUAA